UGGCGAAAUUUAUUCUUUUUUGGUACACUAUUAGUUGGAUAUUGGACUUAAUUUCGUUUGCUACGUAGUUACUAUUUAGCAGCCAUUUUGUCGUAUCUUAUCUAUAGUUUUUAUAUAGGACCAAACCCAACCUCCCAAAAUGUAGUUAUAUCAUAGUUUUUGUAAUUGUUCAUUUUUCGUUAAAACUGUCCUUGUUUUGAAUUAAUUUUUGUAAAGCAACAUUGAAUAAAGUUAUUAAUUUUUGUGUUAUUGUGGUAUUACAUAUAGUAGUACUACAGUGUUACUGAAACAUAAUUCAAAAUUCUAGUAUAUAGUAUACAGAUAUAGUAUACAGCAGUUUUUACCAUUUUCGAUUUGUAAUAACAAACCAUUAAAACAUCACAAUGAGUUCUGACAAGAUAAUGGCCGCUUAUGACAAUACAUUGCUUGGGAUUUUACAAAACGAGGGAGGACUUGAAAAAUUUCUCGACGUAAUUUUUGGGUUUUUAUGUCGCCGUACGGAUUUCUUUCGAAAUAUGGAUGACCCGAAACAAAAGUUUGGAUUUCCACCCGGGGUGGCGGAGAAAAUUAUUUUAUCGUAUUUUACGAAAUACAAAACAAUUGUUGACAAAAUGGAAGCCGAGAAUAAGGAAAGGCAAUCUAAAUCUAAAGCAGAACUAACAGAAGUUGCCCAAAUAGUUGAAAUCGAGGACCCCCCACCAAGUGAGAAGGAAACGACAUCUGAAGUUCCUGCUGUUGUAAAACCAAAGCAAUCAACUUUAACCAAACCUACUAAUGCAACUAAUGAUCAAACAGUUUUCCAAAGCAACCCUGAUAGUUACAACGGGGCGAUACGAGACAGGUACCAAUGGUCCCAGAAUUAUGACGACGUUGACGUAAAGAUUGUGGUAGAAAAGUCGGUUGUGAAAGCUAGACAGGUUAAAGUUGAAAUCCAGCGAAAACAUUUAAAAGUUUGUGUAAAAGCGAACGACACUGCCAACUAUGAGACGAUAAUAGACGGAGAGUUACAACAUGAGGUGAACAAAGAAGAAAGUAUGUGGUCUCUGGAAAGUGGGAAGAACAUACAGAUCACGCUCACAAAGUUUAAGAACAUUUGGUGGACGAUGUUAGUUGCCGGAGAAGAUGAAAUCGACAUUCAGAAGAUCGCUCCGGAGCGUUCUAUGGAGGACAUGGACACAGAAGAGAAAUCAGUGAUCAAUAAGCUUCAAUUUGAUGAAAAACAGAAGAGACUCGGUCUCCCACAAAGUCAUGAGAUGAAAGUCCACGAGAUGUUAAAGAAAGGCUGGGAUGCAGAAGGCUCUCCUUUUAAAGGACAAGAAUUUGAUCCAAAAAUGUUCAAUAUAUCACCGGGUGCCGUUGAACAAUAAUAUUUAAUUCUAUGUUUCUAUAUUGAUUGUGUUUGAAAUUUGAAAAUAAAAUACAUUUUGGAAA